GCCCGCGAGCCGCCGGCGAAGGAGCGCGCGCGCGUGACGCGGCCCGGCUUGCUCGCGCCCUCCCGCGCCCCGGCGUCGGCCGCCGGCUCAUGGCCCCGGCCGCGGCGGACAAGCCGCGCUGAGGCUGGCCGCGCGAAGUCGUGGGGCCGCCGCCGUGGCCCUCGCUGUCCGCGCCUCGCCGUCAGCCCGCGGUGCCCGCGCACGCCGGCCGCCAUCGCCUUCGCGCCUGGCUGGCGGGGGCGCUGUACUCCCCGGCGGUCCGCGCGGCUCCCUGGAGCUCGGCGGAGCGCGGCUGCCAGGGCCGGCGGAGGCGCGAGGAGCCGCACACCGCCGCCUGUGUCGCCACCAGCGCCGCGGGGGCCAUGACCGUGGAGCAGAAUGUGCUGCAGCAGAGCGCGGCGCAGAAGCACCAGCAGACGUUUUUGAAUCAGCUGAGAGAAAUCACUGGGAUUAAUGAUGCCCAGAUACUACAGCAAGCCUUGAAGGAUAGUAAUGGAAACUUGGAAUUAGCAGUGGCUUUCCUUACUGCAAAGAAUGCCAAGACCCCUCAGCAGGAGGAGACAACUUACUACCAAACAUCACUUCCUGGCAAUGAUAGAUACAUCAGUGUGGGAAGCCAAGCAGACACAAAUGUGAUUGAUCUCACUGGAGAUGAUAAAGAUGAUCUUCAGAGAGCAAUUGCCUUGAGUUUGGCGGAAUCAAACAGGGCAUUCAGGGAGACUGGAAUAACUGAUGAGGAGCAAGCCAUUAGCAGAGUUCUUGAAGCCAGCAUAGCAGAAAAUAAAGCAUGUUUAAAGAGAACACCUACAGAAGUUUGGAGGGAUUCUCGAAACCCUUAUGAUAGAAAAAGGCAAGACAAAGCUCCUGUUGGACUAAAGAAUGUUGGCAAUACUUGCUGGUUUAGUGCUGUUAUUCAGUCAUUAUUCAAUCUUUUGGAAUUUAGAAGAUUAGUUCUGAAUUACAAGCCUCCGUCAAAUGCUCAAGAUUUACCCCGAAACCAAAAGGAGCAUCGGAAUUUGCCUUUUAUGCGUGAGCUGCGGUAUCUAUUUGCACUUCUUGUUGGUACUAAAAGGAAAUAUGUUGAUCCAUCAAGAGCAGUUGAAAUUCUUAAGGAUGCUUUCAAAUCAAAUGACUCCCAGCAGCAAGAUGUGAGUGAGUUUACACACAAAUUAUUAGAUUGGUUAGAAGAUGCCUUCCAAAUGAAAGCUGAAGAAGAGACGGAUGAAGAGAAGCCAAAGAACCCCAUGGUAGAGUUGUUCUAUGGAAGAUUCCUUGCUGUGGGAGUACUUGAAGGUAAAAAAUUUGAAAAUACUGAAAUGUUUGGUCAGUACCCGCUUCAGGUCAAUGGAUUCAAAGAUCUACAUGAGUGCCUAGAAGCUGCUAUGAUUGAAGGAGAAAUUGAGUCCUUACAUUCAGAGAAUUCAGGAAAAUCGGGCCAAGAGCAUUGGUUCACCAAACUACCACCUGUGUUAACAUUUGAAUUGUCAAGAUUUGAAUUCAAUCAGGCAUUGGGAAGACCAGAAAAAAUUCACAACAAAUUAGAAUUUCCUCAGGUGUUGUAUCUGGACAGAUAUAUGCACAGAAACAGAGAAAUAACAAGAAUUAAGAGGGAAGAAAUCAAGAGACUAAAAGAUUACCUCACAGUAUUACAACAAAGACUAGAAAGAUAUUUAAGCUAUGGUUCGGGUCCCAAACGAUUCCCCUUGGUAGAUGUUCUGCAGUAUGCAUUGGAAUUUGCUUCAAGUAAACCUGUUUGUACAUCUCCCGUUGAGGAUAUUGAUGCUAGUUCCCCACCUAGUGGUUCCACACCACAGACAUUACCAAGCACAACAGAACAACAGGGAGCCCCUUCUUCAGAACUGCCAAGCACAUCACCUGCAUCAGUAGCUGCGAUUUCAUCGAGAUCAGUAAUACAUAAACCAUUCACUCAGUCUCGGAUACCCCCAGAUUUGCCCAUGCAUCCAGCGCCAAGGCACAUAACAGAAGAAGAGCUUUCUGUUCUAGAAAGCUGUUUACAUCGCUGGAGGACAGAAAUAGAAAAUGACACCAGAGAUUUGCAGGAAAGCAUAUCCAGAAUCCAUCGAACAAUUGAACUAAUGUACUCUGACAAAUCUAUGAUCCAAGUUCCUUAUCGCUUACAUGCUGUUUUAGUUCAUGAAGGCCAAGCUAAUGCCGGGCACUACUGGGCAUAUAUUUUUGACCAUCGUGAAAAUAGGUGGAUGAAGUACAAUGAUAUUGCUGUGACAAAAUCAUCAUGGGAAGAGCUAGUGAGGGACUCUUUUGGUGGUUAUAGAAAUGCCAGUGCAUACUGUUUAAUGUACAUAAAUGAUAAGGCACAAUUCUUAAUAAAAGAGGAGUUAAAUAAGGAAACUGGGCAGGCUCUUGUUGGAAUAGAGACAUUACCACCGGAUUUAAGAGAUUUUGUUGAGGAAGACAACCAGCGAUUUGAAAAAGAACUAGAAGAAUGGGAUGCGCAACUUGCCCAGAAAGCUUUGCAGGAAAAACUUUUAGCAUCUCAGAAAUUGAGGGAGUCAGAGUCUUCUGUAACAACAGCACAAGCAGGAGAACCAGAAUAUCUAGAGCAGCCAUCAAGAAGUGAUUUCUCAAAGCACUUGAAAGAAGAAACUAUUCGAAUAAUUACCAAGGCAUCACAUGAGCAUGAAGAUAAAAGUCCUGAAACAGUUUUGCAGUCGAUCAUGAUGACACCGAACAUGCAAGGUAUUAUCAUGGCGAUAGGUAAAUCCAGGAAUGUAUAUGACAGGUGUGGCCCUGAAGCAGGGUUCUUUAAGGCAAUUAAGUUGGAGUAUUCAAGAUUGGUUAAAUUGUCCCAAGAAGAUACCCCACCAGAAACAGAUUAUCGUUUACAUCAUGUAGUGGUCUAUUUUAUCCAGAACCAAGCACCAAAGAAAAUCAUUGAGAAAACAUUGCUAGAACAAUUUGGAGAUAGAAACUUGAGUUUUGAUGAAAGGUGUCACAACAUAAUGAAAGUUGCUCAAGCCAAACUUGAAAUGAUAAAACCUGAAGAAGUAAACUUGGAGGAAUAUGAGGAGUGGCAUAAGGAUUAUAGGAGAUUCAGGGAAACAACCAUGUAUCUCAUAAUUGGGCUAGAAAAUUUUCAAAAAGAAAGUUAUAUAGAUUCCUUGCUGUUCCUUAUCUGUGCUUAUCAGAAUAACAAGGAACUCUUGUCCAAAGGCCCAAACAGAGGACAUGAUGAAGAAUUGAUAUCACAUUAUAGAAGAGAAUGUUUACUAAAAUUAAAUGAGCAAGCAGCAGAACUGUUUGAAUCUGGAGAGGAUCGAGAAGUAAACAAUGGUCUGAUUAUCAUGAAUGAGUUUAUUGUCCCAUUUUUGCCCUUGUUAUUGGUGGAUGAAAUGGAAGAGAAAGAUAUACUUGCUGUGGAAGACAUGAGAAAUCGAUGGUGUUCCUAUCUUGGACAAGAAAUGGAAUCAAACCUCCAAGAGAAGCUGACAGAUUUUCUGCCAAAACUGCUCGAUUGUUCUACUGAGAUUAAAGGUUUCCAUGAGCCACCGGAGUUACCUUCAUAUUCCACACAUGAACUCUGUGAGCGGUUUGCCCGAAUCAUGUUGUCCCUCAGUCGAACUCCUGCUGAUGGAAGAUAAACUGCACACACUUUCCCUAAACACACUGUAUAAACUUUUUUUAGUUCUCAACCCUUGCCUUCCUGUCACAGGGUUUGCUUGUUGCUGCUAUAGUUUUUAACUUUUUUAUUUUAAUAACUGCAAAAGACAAAAUGACUAUACAGACUUUACCCAGACUGCAAACAAUAAAGCUGAGAAUCGCAUGGCACUCAGACUUUGUUUUAACCAGAACUGAUGUAUAAUUACAAAUCUGAUUGAUUUCAUUAUGGCAAAACCAUGCUUUUGCCACCUUCCUGUUACAGUAUUACGUUUGCUUUUAUCUUUUCUUUAUCUACAGCUUUCCAUUCAGUCUGGAUCCUUCCACGACUCCAGCCAUUUAAGUGUUCAGCACUGUGUACGAUACAUAAUACUUGGUAGCUUGUAAAUGAAAUUAAAGAAUAAAGUUUUAUUUAUGGCUACCUAUGUGUUUGUAAGCAGGUAUAUUGUAUAUUAGUGUAUCAUUUUAGUUAUAUAUAAGUGAAUUUUGUCUGGGGAUUGUGUAAGAUCGGAUGAAUAGAUGAACAGAUUAAUACAAACUUUUAAUUUUUCUCUGUUAGCGCAUUGGAAAUUUACUAAGUAUUUGACACUUAAAUAUAUCUAUAUUUUUGACUAAGUUGUUAAACUCAGUAUGGCACCUAAACCUGUUUUGAAUUCAAAUCAGGUUUUCACUGAAGUGAGCGGCUGAUAUUUAAGUCAACCACACUGAAACUUAACUUUUUCUUAGAUUAACCUUUUAUUUUUUUAUAUAUUUACAAAUAAUAUAGCAAGGUGAUUAUUUCAAGAGAUACCAGAAAAAAGUACUUGAAUAAGGGCUAUUUAAUAGUGAAACUUAUAAAAAAUCUGUAUGUGUAUACACACACACACACACACAUUCAUAAUGGAGGACAAUGUUUUGCAUUAUAUAAUCAUUCUAUUUUUGUAAAUUGUAUACCACUUUAAUUGAAAAUGUUCUCUACUAAUCAAUGCUGUGAAAUGAAGUUGAUAUUGUUGAACUAGAAAUUAUGAAUAUCUUUCCCUGCUUUUAUUUUCCUCCUUUUCAAAAAGAAAAAGCUGUAGAAUAUUUUGUAGAUGGAACUGCUGUUUAAGAUUAAUGAAGUCAUAUUGUGAAUGAAAUCAAUGCUUUAAAGGUAAUCAUGUUACCAAUAACCUAUUUUUGAAUUUAUAAAAAUUUCUUUAUAAAUGAUACUUUGUUAGCAUAGUAAAAUAUAUCAUUAUACUAUGUGUAUGUUUGUUACAGCGUCGCCAAAAGUUAGAACUCUCUAUAAGUGCCUCUCAUAAAAGAUCCUGGACAGAGGAGGAAGAAGAAAAUAUUAAGCCAUUAUCUAAUGUUCCCUGUCAAGGUAUCAAUGCACUAUUGAGGUAUUAAUGACAAGGAAUUGGUACUGUUUCUUUUUUAAGGUUAGAUUUUGCACAUUGGAGCUAUCAAAAUGUGUUUUGGUUUAGAUUUUAAAUUCUCUACUGAGCAGUAGUAGUAUUUUAUAUUGGUUUUCAGGUCUUGUCCAAAGUUUUAAAACUCCAUAUGUAUCAUCAAAGCAUUUGUAAAGAAAGUAUCUUCAGUAUUACAUGAUAUUCU